CCGGUCGAAAGGGAAAUGACGCAUAUGUUGCAGGUUCCGCUUUUGUGUCCAUUUCUUUUCCUUCGUUGAGUUUUAGUCGGUCCUUUCCCCCCAAAGAGUGGUCUUGAUUGGGACCACUAGAGGAUCCAAAAGAAUCUCUUAGUUUUUGUGUUAGUCUGAGCUCGAAAAUACUUUGCGGUUUAUGAGACGGCCAUAACAUAAGCAGGUAAAACCUCCCGUCAAAAUUUUGACGUGCCAGCCGCUUUUUGCGGCGUGAAUGUCUUACUACAACUCCGGCUCUGACUCGGAACACUGCAACGAGAGAACCAGCCUGAUGGACUUACAGGUGGACGUGCGACCCAUGGCGGGCGAGGCCGUCACUUCUCAAAGGGGCUCACGGAGCAGUGGCCGGCGGGGUCAGCAACAAAACAUCCAGGAACAUGAACGUGGAGGUGCCGAGGGCAGAGAGGCGGGGGAUGGAGGAGAGGAUCCUGGGAUCAGACACAGGGAAGAGGAGGAGGAGGAGGAAGACACAGAGAUGACCCUGAAGUACGGAGCCAAACACGUCAUCAUGCUGUUUGCACCAGUCUCACUCUGCAUGGCUGUGGUGGUGGCUACCAUCAGUUCCAUCACCUUCUACACAGAAAAGAAUGCCUACCUAAUCUACACACCUUUCCACGAGGAAGGAACAACAGCGGCCAGCAAAGUUGGUGAUUCUCUGGCCAAUGCUGCCAUCAUGGUUGGGGUCAUCUUAGUCAUGACUGUCUUCCUGGUCAUCCUGUACAAGUACAGGUGUUACAAGUUUAUCCAUGGCUGGCUGAUCCUGUCCUCACUGAUGUUGCUUUUCCUGUUUGCAUACAUCUAUCUGGGCGAGGUCCUUCAGGCCUACAACAUUCCGUGUGACUACAUCUCCCUGGCCAUCGUGAUGUGGAACUUUGGUGCGGUGGGGAUGGUGUGUAUCCACUGGAAGGGACCCCUGCUUCUCCAGCAGGCUUAUCUCAUCGUCAUCUCCGCUCUCAUGGCUCUCGUCUUCAUCAAGUACCUGCCUGACUGGACCACCUGGUUCAUCCUGGGGGCCAUUUCAUUAUACGACCUUGUUGCAGUGCUGUGCCCCAAAGGGCCCCUGAAAGUUCUCGUGGAAACAGCACAGGAAAGAAACGAGCCCAUCUUUCCCGCACUCAUCUACUCCUCUACAAUGAUGUGGUUCGUGGGCAUGGCAGAUUCGGACCCAGAGGCAAAGAAGAAGAAGAAAAAGAAGAAGAAGCGUCGAGCUGAGGGCCAGCAGGCUGCAGGUGGAGCCACCCCAGCAGGUGCGACGGGGGGUGAGGAGGAGGGGGGGUUCGGCCCAGACUGGCAGGAAUCGCGCGGAGCCCGCCCUGUCCGCCGGCCCAACAGGGGAGGGAACGUCUCGGAUGCAUCGAUGAACAGUGAGGAUGCACGGUCAGCAGCACAGGCUCUGUCUAACGGGAGAGUGUCGCCUGGUGGGAAUACACAACAACAACAACAACAGAUGGAGGAUGAAGAAGACGAGGAAGAAAGAGGUGUAAAACUGGGGCUGGGAGACUUCAUCUUCUACAGUGUUCUAGUUGGGAAAGCUUCCUCCAAUGGGGACUGGAACACAACCCUGGCCUGCUUUGUGGCCAUUCUUAUUGGUCUGUGUCUGACUCUGCUGUUGCUAGCCAUCUUCAAGAAGGCCCUGCCUGCGCUCCCUAUCUCCAUCACGUUUGGACUCAUCUUCAACUUCGCCACGUCCAACCUGGUCACCCCCUUCACUGAUGCCCUGGCCAGCCAACAGGUCUAUGUGUAGGGUGGGCUGUGUAGGGUCAUUACUUAGGCUGGAGUGAAUAAAGUAUGUACUGUAAUUUUGAGCACUGUAGCAUAAAGGAUCUGUCCGGCCAUUUGUACCAUAUCCAGUGCAAUCAGAUUGACAAAUUGACAGAUACUACAGCCUUUAUUGCAAUGUUGUACAUGAGCACACUUAAGAGAGAGGGCAGCAGCAUUCACUUAAUGUAGAGUAGUGGUAAAGAAGCUUCUUUGAUCUUUGAUUGAUGAUCAGUGCUUUUAAUAUACAUACACGUAUCAUGCCUUCAUGGAACACAAGGAAGUACUGUAAUAAAAACAAUGAAAUACUAAAUACUCAAUAUCAUGAUGGCAUGUACCGUAUCUUUAAUCAUAGAUGAUCCAAAAUGUCAGAAUAGUCUUUAGACACAAUACUUUUGUUGGUUGCCUAAGAUCCUGUUUCUAUAUUGGAUAUAUAGUAUACUAUUACUAGCAUGUAUAGUAUAGUAGUGUACUCAUCAAUCAUUAUGUAUCAGGAUUUAUGUGUAUUUUCAAUUUCAAGUUACUGUUGUAAAUUUAGUUUUUAUUAGAGCUUCACUUUGAGUGGUCCUGUGUGAUGUUGAUAUAUGAUUGAGCUGAUAUCCCAGUUUGUAAAUGUGCAGUUUGAUUUAGCGACAUUAAAGGUUAUUUAAACACAUAACGCUGUAACAGAAUGAUACAUAAUGAAUGUGAAGACUGGUUACCAGUAGUACUCCCUUUUGUAAAUCCUGUUUUGCUGAUUUUCCUUGGGAAAGAAAAGAAUUAAAUUAUAACAUUCCAAGUAGCAACAUGUAGCUACAUUGGUAGGUCUGUCUUGGACUUCAGUUUCCACAAGGAGUGGAAGUAUCUGUAUUUAAGUAGUGCAGACAUUUAGUCUGUAUUUUGGGUGUCUUCACAUGUAAUAAAUACCUGCACAUA